AUGGGCAACGCGGCCGGCGGCAUGGAGGGGGGGGCGGCGGGGCGCGACCCCCGGCCCCCAGGCCCCCCCCCCGGCACCGCCCCGCCGCCCGCCCGGCAGCCCAUGCCCACCGCCGCCGAGCUGGAGGAGCGCUUCGGCCGCGUCCUGAACUCCAUGAACCUGCCCCCAGACAAGAUGAAGCUGCUCAACCAGUAUGACAAUGAGAAGAAGUGGGAGCUCAUCUGUGACCAGGAGCGUUUCCAGGUGAAAAACCCACCAUCUGCCUACAUCCAGAAGCUGAAGAGCUACUUGGACACGGGUGGCGUAAGCAGGAAGUUCAAGAGGCGAGUACAGGAAUCGACACAGGUUCUCCGGGAACUGGAGAUUUCCUUGAGGACCAACUACAUCGGCUGGGUCCAGGAGUUCCUCAACGAGGAGAACAAGGGGCUGGAUGUGCUGCUGGAGUACCUCGCCUUUGCCCAGUGCUCCGUCGCGUACGACAUGGAGAGCGCCGAGAACGGCAGCCCAGGCUCUGACAAGGGCAAGGUCCUGGAGCGGUCGCUGGAGGACCUGAGCAAAAGCAGCUCCUCGUCCCCCACCCAGGGCUCCUCCAAAGUGCGGCACCUCACUGUAAGGCUGAACCCCUCGCACAGCAGGAAGGCACUUAGGAACUCCCGCCUCAUCAACCAGAAGGAUGACGUCCAUGUCUGCAUCAUGUGUCUCCGCGCCAUCAUGAACUACCAGUCUGGCUUCAGCCUGGUGAUGAACCACCCAGCCUGCGUCAACGAGAUCACCCUCAGCCUCAACAACAAGAACGCCAGGACCAAGGCGCUGGUGCUGGAGCUGCUGGCUGCUGUCUGCCUUGUCCGAGGUGGCCAUGACAUCAUCCUGGCCGCCUUUGACAACUUCAAGGAGGUCUGCGGGGAGAAGAACCGCUUUGAGAAGUUGAUGGAGUAUUUCCGAAACGAGGACACCAACAUCGACUUCAUGGUGGCCUGCAUGCAGUUCAUCAACAUCGUGGUUCACUCGGUGGAGAACAUGAACUUCCGCGUCUUCCUGCAAUAUGAGUUCACCCACCUGGGGCUGGACCAGUACCUGGAGAGUCUCCGUCUCACCGAGAGUGACAAGCUGCAGGUGCAGAUCCAAGCCUACCUGGACAACAUCUUCGAUGUGGGGGCCGUGCUGGAGGACUCGGAGACCAAGACGGCGGUGCUGGAGCACAUGGAGGAGCUGCAGGAGCACGUCAGCCAGUUGACGGAGAAGCUGCAGGAUGCGGAGAACGACUCCAUGGCCAAGAUAGCGGAGCUGGAGAAGCAGCUGAGCCAGGCGCGGCAGGAGCUGGAGGCACUGCGGGAGCAACUGAGCCCGCCACGGCCACCCAGCCCACCGGCCCCGCAGCCCCAGGAGUGCUACCGGCUGGCGCUGGAGCGGCAGCUGGCAGAGCUGGAGGAGAAGGGCUUGGUGCAGAUCCUGCGUGGGCCUGACGGAGACGUCGCCAUCAAAAUUGUUCCCGUCGUCAUAGAAACGCCAGCAGCCCCCGUGGUUACUGGAGAGGCCACUGCUGCCGCCACUGCUGCCGCCACUGCCACCUGCACAGAUGGUUUGGCUCCGGCUCCUCCAGCAGCACCUGGCACACCGCCCCCCCCGCCCCCCCCCCCCUUGCCGGGGGCUGAGCCUGGCCCCCCAGUGCCCCCCGCACUCCCAUUGCCUGCAGGCACCGACCCCCCACCAGCCCCUCCGCUCCCAGGCACCCAAGUGCCACCCCCACCCCCACUGCUCCCAGGGGGGUUGGAGGGCCCUGUCCCCCCACCUCCACCACCCCCACCCCUGGGUGGGGAGCUCCCAGCUGGGCCAGCUGCCCCUCACCCUGCUGGCAGUUCAGUGAAGGUGAAGAAGCCAAUCCAGACCAAGUUUCGCAUGCCAGUCUUCAACUGGGUGGCCCUGAAGCCGAGCCAGAUCAAUGGCACAGUCUUCACCGAGCUCAAUGAUGAGAAGGUGCUGCAGGAGCUGGACAUGAGAGACUUCGAGGAGCAGUUUAAGACCAAGGCACAGGGCCCCGGCUUGGACAUCAGUGCCCUCAAGGUGAAGGCCAUGCAGAAGGCUCCCAGCAAGGUCACCCUCAUGGAAUCCAACCGAGCCAAAAACCUGGCCAUCACACUCCGCAAGGGCGGCCGCAGCAUCCAGGACAUCUGCACAGCCAUCGAGACGUAUGACCAGCAAGCCCUGAGCCUCGAUUUUCUGGAGCUGCUGCUGCGCUUCCUGCCCACCGAGUAUGAGCGGACACUCAUCGGGAAGUUUGAGCGGGAGCAGCAGCCACCGGAGGAGCUCUCAGACGAGGAUCAGUUCAUGAUCCGCUUCAGCAAGAUCCCACGCCUGGCUGAGCGCAUGAAUGUCAUGAUCUUCCUGGGCAACUUCAACGACACAGCCCAGCUGCUCAUGCCGCAACUCAACGCCAUUAUCGCCGCAUCCAUGUCCCUCAAGUCCUCCAGCAAACUGCGCAACAUCCUUGAGAUUGUCCUGGCCUUUGGGAACUACAUGAACAGCAGCAAGCGCGGGGCAGCCUACGGCUUCCGCCUGCAGAGCCUGGAUGCGCUCCUGGAGAUGAAGUCAACAGACCGCAAGCAAACACUGCUGCACUACCUGGUGCGGGUGAUCAUGGAGAAGUACCCCGAGCUGACCGGCUUCCACACCGAGCUACACUUCCUUGACAAGGCGGGCACAGUCUCCCUGGACAGCGUGUUGCAGGACGUGCGGAGCCUGCAGCAGGGGAUGGAGCUGACCCGCAAGGAGUUCAUGCGGCAGGACGACAGCCCCGUGCUCAAGGAGUUCCUCAAGGUCAACUCAGAGGUGAUGGAGAAGCUGCAGGCUGACAGCAAAACUGCCAAGGAGGCGUACGAGUCGGCUGUGGAAUAUUUUGGGGAGAACCCCAAGACCAGUCCUCCCACCACCUUCUUCCCCAUGUUCAUGCGCUUCAUCAGAGCCUACAAGAAAGCAGAGCAGGACAUCGAGCUGUGGAAGAAGCAGGAGGCCAUGGCCAAAGAGCCAGAAUCUGCCCCCCCCAGCAGUGAGAACCGUCCUGAGGUGAAGUUGCCCACCCAGAAAGCCAAGCGGCAGCAGAUGGACGUGAUCGCCGAGCUGAAGAAGAAGCAGAUGGUGAAGGAGCCGCUCAUCUACGAAGGCAAAGAUGGUGCCAUCGAGGAUAUUAUUUCAGAUCUGCGGAACAACCCAUACCGGCGCGCAGACAAGGGCCGCGGCAGUGCCAAGAAACGGGCUGCGGGGCAGAGCCUGCAGGCGACACCGGACAUCUCGCUGUGACCGGCGCCGGCCCUGCAGCUGCCAGGACCAUCCUUCUGCCACAGAUGGGACCCCAGGAUGUCAACCCACUGGCCCCGGACAAAGCAGGGCAGAGGCACAGCGCCUGCUCCCAGCUGCUCCAGCUGCUUAGUGUGCCAGCUCCCGCCCUGCGUGCCCUGGGGUCUGGCGCAGGGAUGCCUCACUUCUUGCUUAGCAAUGCCUCUGAGCUCCUCUCCUCCAGGCUGGCAGGGCUGGGGGACCCUCCUGGCUACAGGCAGGGAAGGGGGAGUACAGAAGGGGCCCCAGCUUGCCCUGGCAGGAGGAGAGUGGCUGCCCCAUCCCUCCCCUAGAGCUGCUCCCUUGUACGCCUGCCCCAGGGUCAGCCCUGUGCGCCGGUGUGCCCCACUCUUCAGCUUGCUGGUGCCUUUGAUUUCCCGCUGCAGGGGGGCGGAGGGUCAUACGCCAGGGAUGCAGCAAUCCCUGCACAUCUCCCCCCUCUCCCCCAGCCUUGCAGUGCCCUUUGAGACCUGUGCUCUCUGCUGCAGAGCUGAGCCGGCACGGGGCUGUGCCUCCAGCGAGGAGCCUGCUGCAACGAUCCCACCCUGGGCACUCCCCGUACCCCAGGAGCUGGCAGGGGUGCUAUUUUACAGUGGGAUUUUUUUAAGUCUUCCUUAAAAUUUCUCUGUGCUAUAGGAGCAGGGACUGGGAUACCCAUAUACAAGGUCUCACCAGGAUCCUAAGGCCACAGUGAGCAGCACUAGGCUGUUCCUCAGUGCAGGGGAGGCUCUGUAGCUAUGACAAUCAGCAGCAGGGUCAAGGAUUUACUGUCCUGAAGUCUCUGCGUGGUGGUACCUAGCUCUGCCCCUCCCCAUCCAUCCACCCCCUGUGUCAGGGCUGGAGCCUCUUGGAGCCAGCCGUGAUGGUCAGCCCUUGGGGAGCAGGAGCUGCAGGACGCGACAUGCAGCAGGUGCUAGACAGCCUCCAGCGACCACCGUGAGCCCAAAAUGCUGCAGGGUCACCGCUGCAGUCGCAGGAGGAAGAGGCCAGAGAGCUGCACAAGCUUCCAAAUAACACACUGGACUCCAUUCCUCCCCUGCCCUGCUGCUGCUGGGUGAAUCCAAACCAUGCACUGUCACAAUUAACCUGCUCACGCAAUUAGCUUCAUUAAAUGGCCCCUGCUCGCCCUGCUGCCGUGUACGGCACACUCUACCUGGCGGCCGUGUACGCUCUCGCUCGCUGCAGCUCGUAGCCUGGGGUAAGCCCUCACCGUCCACCAGAGUAGCAACCGCUUCCUGCUGUAAUUAUGAUGCUCUGCGCCAGCCGGCUCCGUACCGCACGCAAGCUCAAAGGGGAGGGAAGGGAAAUGAAUGUGUAACUUAUAAAUGCCUUUAAGCCAGAAAUGGAAAACAUUAACUGCUAAUUUGUAUACAUUAUUUUUAUAUACUGAAGGCCUGUUUAAUCUAAAGCAGAACUGGUAAUAAAAUUACUCUGAGGAUAAA